CGCCUGCCAGCCCUCCAGACACCGCUGUGUACGUCAGCGUUAACAGCUCCGAUACCGCGUCCAGUACAUCGAACUGUCACUCUCGAAUUCACCUCUUCACCGUUAAGUUUUCAUCAACUUUUCCGUUCCCGUUUGUGUUUACUCGAUUAAUCAUUAAAUCGAUAAAAUAACCCAAGACUAAAUUUCAAAAAUCGUAAAAAAAAAAAUUCGUGUGCGGAAAAUCGUGUUAAUAAUUCACUGAUAAAUUAUUAAUUAAAUAGUGAAAACAUGAAGAGUUGCCUGAUCUUGUUUUGGGCAGUUGUAACUGUCACAUGUGCUGUCAUGGGAUACCCCCAGGAGCGUCUGAUGCCAGGUAAAGAAACAUUGACAGGAGUUUAUGGGGAUUGUGUUACUGCUGGUGGAGGUGGAAGUCGAGAUGGAGGCGCAGUGCCUGAAGAUCAGUCUGGCCAUGAGGAUUCAGUAGCAUCGGCGUCGGAGGCGCACGCUGGUGACUACGAGGACUCCGACGACUCGGACAUGUACAUGGAGCCCGACGAAGCCGCUUCCGCUCAGCCGAACCCGAAGAUCGAGGAACCGGUGGACGAGCCAAAGGUCACGCUGUCGGAAGUUUCAUCAGUCACUUCGUCACCGAUCAUCGAGGAGACUAGGGUCACAGCUACAGUAUCAGAACCCGUCCGGAAUCCCGAGCCAAGACCAGACGAUAGAUCAAUCGUUCCUGACAGCCAGAACUUCUUCCCAUCGUUCGCGGAACUCUUCGCUAAUCAUCGGCUGUCAUAUGCUGAGCAACAGCAGCAGCAGAGAUUCCGGCCGAAUCGCUUCCUCGGCUACUUCCAGAGAGAUCGUAAUGCCGCUUAUCAAGCUGCUGCCUCCAAUGUAAAGGACAAUACACAACAUCCUCUUCUAGGAUCAGGAAACUUCGGCGUCAUUCGUGGUGGGACUUACUAUCCAGAGGACAAAGACGCGGAGGAGUACUCGGUUGAUGAGAGCCUCUACAAUCCUUAUUACUCCUCCAACACCGCCAGAGGUCGCGCUUACUAUCGCAAUCCCAAACCCCAGCCAAUUCGUGGUGGUGACUUCUUCGCCAAUUUCCGUGACUUCGCGGACAUCACAGCUCCACCGAAGUCCAGCUUCUCGCAUCUGUCCGUCGUUUACGCCAACCGAAAUGGAACGAAGGGUCGGGCGAACGAACCCAGGAACAUCAUCGAAACGUUGAGGAUGUUGGAGGAACAAGGUGAUGAAGAUGUCAAUGGCAUGACUACCACCACCGAAACUCCUGGGAAGAAACUCAGUCAGGGGAAGAGGAAAUUGAUCAAGAUGAGGAAAUUCCAGGAUGACAAGGCCAGGAAAUCACGCAUGACCAAUGUCGAACCACUGCUCGCCCUCAGCUGAGCUAUCGCCAUUGUAAAUCAUCAUGAUUAUUUGAUACGUGCUAAUAGUGUAGGUGGAGCGAGUGUUGAGAGUGCUUUAGGGAUUUGCAUCCCAGCGGAAUCUGGCCUCGAAAGAUUAGAACCAAAGUCUGAAUAAUUUUUUCUUCUCUUUUGCAGUUCUAUUUUUUAUCGGGAUUAACUGUGGGUAUCGUGGGAUGAUUUGUUGAAAUUAUUUUGGAGAAGAGUGUAGUGAAGUUUUAUCAGUUGUUGGAAAAUUCAUCAACAAUUAUGAAAAAACAACACUAUGAUCUUCUCCUCAGGUGGCCACUGGUAAAAUAUCAUGGACUUAAUUAUUAUUAUUUUUAUUUUAUUAUAAUAUUAUUCUGUAAAAGUGAAAGUAUCAAUUGGUAUUGAUGAGUGAGGAGGAUUUCUAUUGCUAUGGAAAGUUUUCUGUAGACUUCAAAAUCAAGGAGAUGGUGGGGGAUUUAUUGGCAUUCCGCAUAUUUUAGUUAAAUAUAUUUGUUUACAUAACGGUAAAUCAUCUGGAUUGAGGAAGGAAAAUGCAACCAUCAAGUUGACAUCGACAUGAUAUUACUACGAAUGAAUAAUUAAGCUGCCAAUAAAUUUCUCUUUCCAAUCGACAUUGAAAGUUUUCCUUGAAAUCUUGAGCUUUUAAAUUUCAAGAAAUUGAAAACUGUUCAUCAUCUCCGGUGGAGCUGUUGAUAAAGUUGUACCACGACUGAAUCAACAGGUUCAAAUCCAUUGUUAUAAUUUGUUGUUGACUAUUGUAGUUCUAACUCUAGCCUAAUCUGUCGACUCUGUCGGGAAGAUUCUUGGUAUAAUACAACGGAUAAGAAAUAUAUCUCGCGAUUGUAAAGUUGUCAUGGACGUGAUAAAACAACCUGAAUAAAAAAUAUUUUUAGUAAAUCUUA